CACAAUAUCAACUUGAUAGAGGAAGAAACAAUUUCUAUCAAAAUAGAAAUUUCAGAAGAAGAUCCAGAUCAGGUCUUCGAAAUUAUAGAAGAAAUCUAUCUAGGAGUCAAGAAAGAUACAAGAGGAAUAUUCGAGAUUAUAAUCGAUAUGAUAGAAGCAGAUCAAGAGAUUAUAAUCUAUAUAAUAGAAGUAGCAGACAAUAAAGAAGCUACUUUUACCAAUUAUUGGGAUACUCUUUUAAAUAAUACUAGUAUUAGAGGAGCUUUAGCAAAUUAUCUGCAAGAAGAAGAAUAUGAGGAUGAAGAAUUAAUUUCUCAUAAAGCCUAUACUUUAGAAGCAGAAUCUAAUAAUAUUGAAGAUCCAAGAUAG